CUUGGCUGGAUCCAGUCUCUUAGCCCAGGUGGGCUGGACGCUUCAAUGACGUAUCGAUGAGUACUGACACUUCAUUGAAAAAAAUAAGCUGUCGACUUUCUGCGCCGGAGCUUCACCUCUCUUCACCUCUCUUCACCUCUCUUCACCUCUCUUCACCUCUCUCCACCUUCAUUUUGUCCUUAGACUGCCCCUGCCGCCCGAGGGAGGACUCGACCUCAAACCAAGGCCCAAGCUUCCUCAUUCGAUUGUUAAUUGCGCCGCCUUGUGAAUAUGACGGUUUACAUAGCGUCCUUGUUUCUCCCGUAUACAGUUAGCUUUCGUCCCCCAGACUCUCCUCCGACCCCCCCGCCGGAGACUGUGCCGAAAAAGCAGGUUCCCGACACUGUUUCGUCUGCCCCCAGCCCUGCAGUUAGCUUGUUUGAGAGGCGAAAAGAGGCUCCCAAUGUUGGUCUCACUCCGGGCGCGACUACAGACCAUGAAAACAUCUUCACUGCCGACCUGAGGAAGGCUGACAACAACCAGUCUGAAUACCCAUUCCCCAAGCCUGGCGAUUCUUACAACCAUGAAGACCUGAGAGAAAGUGAAGCCCACUCUCCCGCAUGGGGCGUCAGGACCGCACUGAACCAACCCAAGCCGCAGUCGGCGUUUCUGGCGUCCCCAUCAAUUCUCAGGCACCAAGAGCCGCUGGCUUCUUCAACAGAGAACCCUCCGCCGAAAGCACACGGUUCGACAUCGCAACCGCCGGUCAGGCACUUAAGGAAACCAUCUAUUCGUGCCCAUAACCGGAAACCUUCGUUCUCCGAAACUGAAUGGAAAAUUACAGCAGCUGAGCAGGGUAAUGGCGGCUUGCGCAACGCGGUGCGGGCCGCGGCAGAGAGCGGGCAGUUGGAAGACAAGGUGUGGGUGGGCACACUGGGUAUGCCGACCGAUGCCUUAACGGCAUCUACCAAAUCGAUGAUCUCCGAGAAAUUAGAAAGCGAAUACGAUUGCUUGACAGUUGACAUUAGCGACGGCGAUUUUGACGGUCAUUAUACACAUUUUUGCAAAACGAUUCUCUGGCCGGUAUUCCACUACCAAAUACCUGAUAACCCUAAAAGUAAAGCCUACGAGAACCAUUCAUGGGUCUACUACGUCAAGCUCAACAAGGUCUUUGCGGAGAGAAUUGCUCGAAACUGGAGGCGAGGAGAUACUGUCUGGGUUCAAGACUAUCACCUGCUCCUUGUCCCAGCGAUGUUACGCAAACUCCUCCCGGACGCUCAGAUCGGUUUCUUCCUACAUGUUGCGUUUCCAUCGUCAGAAGUAUUUCGGUGCCUUGCACCCCGCAAGGAGCUCCUCGAUGGAAUGCUUGGAGCAAAUCUUGUUGGUUUCCAGACAGAGGAAUACUGUCGACAUUUCCUCCAGACUUGUAGCCGAAUUCUUAGUGUUGAAGCCACGAAUGAUGGCAUUCAAUUGGAGGAUCGAUUUGUGAAUGUGGCCAAAUUCCCAAUAGGUAUCGAUCCACUCUCGUGGGAUAAACGCCGUAAAGCAGCAGAUGUCGAACAGUGGGUGAAGACGAUAUCUGAUCACUAUGCGGGGAAGAGGCUUAUCGUCGCCCGCGACAAGAUUGACGCGGUGCGUGGUAUUCGGCAGAAGCUACUGAGCUACGAACUCUUCCUCAAUACCCACCCUGAAUGGCGCGAAAAGGUUGUUUUGGUUCAAGUCGCUACUAGCACGACCGAGCAACCGGAGCUUGAAGCCAUGAUCUCUGAUAUCGUCAUGCGGAUAAAUUCAACACAUUCUACGCUUGCUCACCAGCCUCUCGUUUUCCUUAAGCAGGAUCUUGCCUUCCCGCAAUAUCUGGCUUUGAUAUCCGUGGCGGAUGCGAUGAUGAUUACCAGCCUGCGCGAGGGUAUGAAUCUCACGAGCCACGAAUUCGUCUAUUGUCAGGAUGGGAAGUACGGCCCCCAAAGAUACGGUUCCCUGAUUCUCAGUGAGUUUACCGGGAGCGCAUCUGUAUUCGGCCACCAUGCGUUACUUGUUAACCCGUGGGACUACCACCAAUGUGCGGAUGCUAUCCUUACGGCUCUUACGCGCAGCGAAGAAGAACGUCAACAGGUAUGGAAGCAACUUAACCAAGCGGUGCUUCAGAACUCGACCUCCAACUGGGUGAAGUCGUUCAGCGAGACAUUAAGUCGCGUCUGGCAUGAGCAAUCAUCCCGCGAAAUCAUGGCCGUUCCCCGACUUCCGAUGAAUAAGCUUGAAGAAAGAUACCGACAGUCGAAGCGGCGGCUCAUAAUCUUGGAUUAUGAGGGAACAUUGGCGUCUUGGGGAUCUCCCAGGAGCAUUAUCGUCACAACACCCCAGCGAGCCAUCACGACACUAGCAGACCUGACCGAGGACCCGAAAAAUGUGGUGUACGUGAUGAGCGCGCGUAUGCCCGAAGAGCUAGAGCGACUCUUCCGAAUGGUUUUCGGACUGGGUCUCAUCGCAGAAAAUGGAUGUUUCGUUCGCGAGCCAUUCUCGGAGACGUGGUUGAAGCUGACGAACCAAGCGCAGACCGACGCCUGGAAGACAGCUGUAAAGCAGAUCCUUGAGUAUUACCAACAGCGCGCAGAAGGAAGCUGGAUCGAACAGCGCCACUGCUCGCUCGUCUUUCACUAUGAAGCGGCCGAGGAUCGCCCGGCGGCAGCUCGUUUGGCCUCAGAGUGUGCGGACCACAUCAAUGAUGCAUGCGCCAAUCAAGGAGUGCACGCUCUUCUGGUUGAUGGUGUACUGGUAGUUGAAGCAAAGAGCACAAACAAGGCGUCGGCAGCAGAAGUUGCCUGGCGGUCUUGCUUGAAGCAGACGGACGGCGUUAGUCGACCGGACUUCUUGCUUGCCAUUGGCGACAGUCGUGAUGACGAGCCGGUCUUCCGAUGGGCGAACAAACUGGAAGGCGCGCAUGCGGUCGGUUACGCGAUGACGGUAACACUGGGGUCGAGGAGCACCGAAGCGCGCGCGACCCUGACACAGGGAGUUGCUGGUGUUUUGACAUCUCUAGAGAAACUGGCGAAAACGUCGACCGAUCAAGGUGUUUCAACGUAGAUAACAAAAUAGACCUAAGGUACCUUGUAUUCACCUGAAAAGGGCAUCAUUAUAGAAUCCUUACAUAUAUUCAUAGCUAGAACCUAUGAGAAUGGGAAAUGAGGUUGAGGUUGGCUGCGAUAGCCGAAUGAACCAAAGCUCGGACAAGGAGAGAGAGAGAGAGAAGAGCCGAGGUCUACCGCAGCAUAACCUAGUUAAAAGAGUCUGCUUUUCCGCCAUUGCUUUUCGGUACAAUAAUUACACCACGU